GAUAUAUCACUUUAAAUGAUUAUUAGAAGAAGAAAUUGUUUUUAUUGGUUUAUUUCUAACUUUCGAUCUGUCAAAAUUUCAUGGUAAUUUAAAAUAAUUGGUCUUUUUUUUUUGUGAAGUGAUAUAAAAUGAUUGUGAAAUUAAAUUUUUUAAGAAUUGCACAAAUUUUGCGUGAAACGAGCAUCAGCAUCCACCGAUAACUUUUAUUCCACUCGAACUAAUUCACAUGUUAAAGUCCGAUCUAACAUAUGACGUUUAUAUUCGACCAUUACAUUUGACAAAGGCAUAAAUAUUUUUAGGUCAGUUGCUGCAGUAAAUAUAUUAUUCCUUGCGGUACGAUGGAAUACUUUUGAUUAGAUUAAUCGUAAUGUGCAUGGGUUAUGUAAAUAUAAUCAUACAUAAUGCAGUCCCAGUUAGCAGCAACUCCUCGAAAAUUACCUGUGUUUGUCUUCCCCUCAAGUAUUACUUUUUAUCUAGAAAAUCAAUCUACUCAUAAGCAAGUUUUGACUUUAUAUAAUCCAUAUGAUUUUCCAGUAAAAUUCAAAGUGCUUUGUACUGCUCCAAAUAAGUACAAAGUUGUUGAUCCCGAAGGAACAAUAAAGGCAAAAUGUUGCGUUGAUAUUGUUGUAAGGCAUACAGCACUCUUAAUUAGUAAUUGCAAUGUGACUGAUAAAUUCAGGAUACAAAUGCAAGAACAUCCAAGUAAACAGGCAACGGGUAAACGAGAUGUUGAAGCUACAUUGUUACCUGGAACCUCAGAAACUGCUGGAAGAGCAACUCCAGAUCCAGAAAUGUUUCAACAGCUUCCGAUAAAUGAAACUAGGCAACAACAGUCAUAUGCGCUUAUAACUCAAAAUAGAACAAUUGACAACACUUCACUCAAGAUACAUAAAAACUUAUUACAGUUGCAGUAUGAUUUAUUUCAUGGAGAAAUUCAAGAUAAAAUUACAAAUAUGUUUCUGAGCUCAAAUAUGAAAAAUGCCAAUUGUAUCAUUGUGGAUAAAGGAGGAACAAACUAUGUAGCACUUAUCGCAGGAAUUAUUUGCAUAGCUGGGCUACUCUUGCCUACAGAAGGAGAACGUAGCCACACAGUGCCUGAUUACCUCCAUCUUUCCAUAAAUUUUAAAUUAAUAUUUUCAUUCGUAUUAGGUAUGGUAACAAUUAUAAUCUUAAGGUUGUAAUUUGUGGCUGGUUAUAUACAAAAAAAAAAAAAAAGACUUUAUACAAUAAAUAGGAUUAUGGGGUGAAAGCACAAUUAAUGCAUAUUUCUUUUUUUAUAUUAGAUGUCUUAUCUUUCUUAAAUGUAUGCAGGUCUAGUUUACAAGUAUUAUGUAGCUAGCCUAUUUUUUGAGCACUUCCAAUAUUUAUGAUAUUUUAUUUCCUUUCAUUUUAUAUUUUUUUUCGUUCAUUACAAUAUUUCAAUUUAUAUUUUUAAUCAAUGACAUAUAAACAUUAUGCAUAUAUAUGUGAUAUAUCACCAAUCCUUUUUUAUGUAUCAAAAUCAAAAAAGCUUUAGAUAGAAUAAUUUAGUUUUGCAGCUCAAGGAUUCCUCUACGUGCUCUAUCUAUAAUCAUUUUAAUAAUUAUACAUUCAAAAAAAUAUGAUCUCAUAUAUAGAUAUGUAAAUAUCUUUCUAUGUGCAGUAGGUUGCCAUUUUAAAUUCUUAAUAAAAAGAAUUAUAUGAAAAUGUCAAUAAAGAUAUCUUUGUAUAUUCUACAAAAUAAUACAAAUCAAGCUGAAUUAGUUUCAUUUAUAUUAGAGAGGAAAUGAAUUUUUUUUUUUAACAAUAUAAGUAUUUCAUAAAGACUGAUUAGUCAAUUAAGUUACAAUUUUUCAAUUUUUAAAUAAAAGCAUUCAGACAACCAUUA